AUGGGCGGUUGGCGACUCGCGAGUGCAGUCUCCUCUGCAGUGGCUGUGGCGAAAGGCCGGAGCGCUAGUCCGGCAGCCCAGGUGAGCCCGCGGGGAGCGACGUGCGCGGCGAUGGGCUGCGCGCAGUGGCGUGCGCGCAAGUUGCCAUUCCCUUUCCCCCCACUCCUCCCCCGACUCCUCCAUUCCUCCCUCAUAAACAUCCACUUGUCUGACCCCUCUUCUCCACCGCCUCUCCCGUUCAUUCCACUUCCCUCUUUCCUCGCCGCCACGCCCAGCUGGAGCAGCAGGCAGGCGGAGCAGCGGGCGUGUGGGGAGGAGCUGGUGGGGCUGCGGCAGUGGUACCACAGCAUGCAUGGCGCAGUGGUUGAAGGAAACAGCGGAGUAGCAGGGGGAGCAGCCACGGAAGGUAGCAUGCGGACUGCCGAGUCCUCCUUGGCAAGGAGAGCAGGGGGCACAAGGGAGGCAGAGAGCGAAAGCGAAGAGCGGGCAAAGGGGAGGGAGGAGGAUCGGAGCGGGGAAUUGGGGCGGAGAGGGGAAGCGGAACGGAGAGGGGAAGCAGAGCGGAGAGGGGAAACAGAGCGGAGAGGGGAAAGGGAACGGAGAGGGGUGGGGGGCGAGCGCAGGAGGCUGAUGGCUUACGAGUCAUGGCGGCACAAGCUCAAGGACCAGAUGGCCCGCCUGCGCUCCAUGCACGCCAAUGUAGACGAGAAGCGGAAGGAGCUGCGGAGGGCGAACAGUGAGAAGAUGCAGUUGGACAAGCGCAUUGACGAGAGCGACAUUGACUGGGAGGCCCGCCUGCUGCCCAAAUCCGUGAUGGACAAGGCGCGUGAGGUGGUGGCGUCGUGCCAUGGCGAUGGCAUGGUGGUGUCCUCGCCCGUGCCCACAUGGAAGGCGUAUGCAUGCGACGCCACGGAAGACGAGCUGCUGCGCUACCUGGACUACGAGCCGCGGCGCAUGUGUCCCGACGACUGGUUUGACUCGCAGGACCUGCUCUUUACCAAGAAUUGUUUUGCUCUGCCCGUACGCCGCUGCCUCACCCGCACGCCCCAAAAACUCGUGGAGCCCACGGCCUUCCCCGAGUCACUCUUCAGCCAGAGUGCUCUCAAGGACGGUGCAGUGCGGUGGGCGCUGCACCACUGCAAGUCCUUCGCCUGCCUGAACGCGCGGCUAAUCGGCGACUGCCGGCUGUGUUUCAACAUGAGCAUCGAGCGCAACCGCUGGCACCGCCACUUCCGUGGAUCGCUGUCCAUCGAGGAGGUGGUGGGCAUGAUGAAGGGGUCGCUGAGGAUCGGGCUGGACGCGGGCGGUGGCACGGGCAGCUUUGCGGCGCACAUGGCUCGGUACAACGUGACAGUGCUGACUACGGCCAUGAACAUUGAGACCGUCACGGGGCGGCGCCAGGGCCUGCCAUACAUGGAGACGAUUGCUCUUAGAGGACUCAUCCCGCUGCACGUGCCACACAAGCAACGGCUGCCACUGAUGGACAACACAUUGGACCUGGUGCACUGUGUGAACAGCAUCAAGUACCUGCCCAUGCAGGAGUUUGAAGAGCUGCUCUUUGACUGGGACCGCGUGCUGCGAGUCGGCGGCGUGCUGUGGUUUGAGAUGUUCUACGCACCUCUAGACGAGAUGCCGGUGUACGUGGCGCUGAUCAGUGCACUGGGCUACAAGCGCCUCUACUACCACGUGCUGCCCAAGCCCGACGUGGGGGAGCAGCUCGGCGCGCACAUGUACCUCAACUGCCUGCUUGAGAAGCCCGUGCGCCUCGACCCUCCCAAGAGGACUGGCUGGUUGUUCUAG